GCAGGUCUCAAAAUGCAGAAAAACCUGUAGGGAUAGAAAGGCUGAGCUGACAGACAGACACUCACUUACUCACAUGCACGCGCACACAGAAACACACAAAUCAUUUGGACAGAGGGGUAGCUGACGACACCAGUUUGCUUCAUGACAUUUAAGAAACUGUUCCUUUUUUGCUGCUCUUAGUUUGGGAGACUUUUGGCCUUGCCAAAAACAUCAGUACAAUGGGAACUUAUUCAGACCAGAAGAACCAGUUCAUGCUGGAUGGUUCCAAGGGAGCACCCAACAUCCAGGACAUGGAGUUGAGAGAGGAGUGGCAAGAUGAAGAAUUUCCCAGGCCACUUCCAGAAAGCUCACAAAGUGCAGAUGCUGAACCAGAGAGCCCAGCUUCAGAUGGCAACAGACCUGUCGCACCCAGAAGCCUGGCCCUGUCGGGGGACGCGCCCCGGAAGAAACGCCUUGUUGCACCCACCCUUAGCCUGACGCUGGAUCGCACGGACUCAGUCAUCUCCGAAGAGUUCGCCCAUGCUGCCCUUUCUCCAUCCCCUGAUGACGACGUAGACCUGGACAUCAACUUGGAGGCCCUGGAAACACCUUCUGACAGCGAGUCUGGCAACUUCCCUGACAGUCUGCAUGAUCUGGAGUGGGAGGACGACCUGCCCCGGAUGAGCCGGGAGCGGGCAGCCAGCACACCUGUGUUGGAGCACGAGAUGGGCAACAUGGAACUGGAUCGUGUGGAUAGCCGGGGACGACGGUGGCGUCGGCUGCAUAUUGGAGGGCAGGACUGCCUGGUCAACAUGAGCGUGCUGGAACCCUACCUCCAAGUCCUGUCCCAUGGGGGCUAUUAUGGGGAAGGGAUGAAUGCCAUCAUCGUGUUUUCCUCCUGUUACCUUCCUGACAACACCAUUGAGAACUACCAGUAUGUCAUGGACAAUCUGUUUAGGUAUAUCGUUGGGACACUGGACCUGAUGGUGUCUGAGAACUACAUCAUUGUGUACCUGUGUGGGGCGGCAUCUCGCACCAAGGUGCCAGCCAUCAAGUGGCUCCGACAGUGUUACAUGACCAUCGACAGGAGAUUGAGGAAGGACCUGAAAGGCCUCCUCGUGGUUCACCCAACCUGGUACAUCAAGGCCCUCAUCACCAUCGUCAAGCCUUUCCUUAGUGUGAAGUUCAGCCGAAAGUUGCAGUUUGUCAACAGCCUUCAGGAGCUGAGCGAGUUCAUUCCCAUGGACCACGUGCAGAUUCCAGAUGCGGUCAGACAGUUUGAUGAAAGCUUGAACAGGUGAAGAAUGUAGUGUACCCCUGCAUGAUGCACAGAAAGACAGGCCAGCUAGGUGGAAGAUAUAGACCAAACACCCAGGUGGUCAGUCAGAGAGCAAAGAGUGCCUGGACACUUAUGGUGACGGACCAGAAAAGACCACAUUAUCCAAAAUCAACUUUGUCCUGAUUAUUGAUAUCGGUUGUGCAGCAAUGUCUGUGUAGCAGAGGUCUUUUAAGGGUUAUGGUUAACCUGUAGCACAGUAAGGGGAAGAGAACACUGGGGGGGGGGGGGAAUACAGCUUUGUGAAAACAACUAGUAACAAUGCAGUGCUUUUCCCGUUUGUCACCGGCAUCUGAUUGAUGUUUCAGGGUGAAAUCAUUCAUCUUGUUGCAUAAGUCUUUCUUCUCUCUCUCUCUCUCUUCGAGCGGCAAUGGUACAAAUCACUUCUGUAUAUGAUCACUGGUUUAGGGUUGUCUCAUUAUGGGUGUGUGUUAUUGAUGUACAGUAUAUGUCUGAUUUCUAGCUGUAUGAGCCUUGUGAACAAGCUUUGGGUAACUGUUACAAAUUGAGAGAUUUUUAGUCACAAUGGAAAAAAACAGAAUGGAAGAUGAGCUGGUAUUAACACUACCUAACAGGUCAUUGCCUUAUUGGGAAUUCAACAAGCCAGACAGAAUAUAAAAAUUUUGCUAAUAUUGACCUGUUUCUAAGGGUGUUUUGUACUUUCAUAUGUACAAUGUAAAAAGUCAUGAUUCAGCUAAAACCUAGUUUUUACCUGAAUUAUAUAUUUAAGGGUUAAAUGUAACAACUCUGUACUGCAGAAAAGGGCCACUGGUAUAUCACUCAAUAGAAAAGUUAUAUAGUUCUAAGUGUAUGCUUACAUGGCUUAAUGUAUGUUCAUAGCUGUAGCUGUCAUCUUGUAGCUGAAAGCUACUGUGUACUAGAGAUCAUUUGGCAUUAAGCUCAUUAUGGUCACUACCCGACAAUGUAUGCAUAUAAUGCGGUGAGGGGGCCACGCUGAAUACCUUGGAGUUUUGUAGUGUAAACCCAGGAAAUAUGUUUCGACAGCAAAGGGAACUUGGGUAGCUGCCGGAAAAUUAUUACCGUUUAUAUUUAAACCAUAAACAGGAAGAGUGUCUGAAAAGGUUAUUUAUAAAAUCCUUAACCAUUCUAUGUUAUGUCUGAAAAGCAAAUAUUAGUAACUUGGCAAAAAUUAAAGAUCAUACAUUUAAACUGCAAGUUUUAUAUAAAUGUACUAAGUUGUCUUAAUUGCAAUUUAAAAAUUAAAAUCUGAAACCGGAAAUGCUUUUAUA